GUAAGAAGACAUUUUAUGCGUUAUGGGAGCGGAUUUAAUGUUUUGAGUGAAAUGUUACUUGUGGGCUGUGGGGGAACGGUCCUGGCGUUUCCUGUUUGCAGACAUACAUACGCACACACAAAUACAUACAUAUAUACAUCCAUAUAUGGUUAAGUUAGGAAUUUCUGGUAAGGUUCAGACUCUUUCCCCCGGGAGAUCCCGGGAUCGAGACCUGUCAGGGUCGAAAAUCCUGUCGAUUGUGGAAGGUAAAGUGUCCCUAGAUGAUGGACGGUGGAGACCUGGGAUAAAGUUAACCUGCGAGCCGACCAGGAACGGAGUUGGGCCGCUGUCGAUCCGGCCGAUUCCGUUGGAUGCUGGUGGUGGGUGUUAAACCUGAAUGAACCAUUGAGGAGUUGACUAGGGGGUGAUUAGUUGAGGGUGCCACGAAAUACCGGGGAAGGCAGGGUUUCGCCGGGUAGCGACCGCGGGUGAAGGUCUGAACCCCCUGUCCCACACAUCAUACAUACAUACAUAUAGUUACAAGUUUUAAUUCGCACGUUCCGCACGCAUGUCGGGGGGUGUCUGUAAAAGCCGCGGGGCCAUAAAUACAUACAUACUUACGUCUAUACAUACAGUGUCGAUAAGCAUGACGCCAUGCGGAUUGCCCCAAGGUGAAGUAUUGGGCAAGGCCGUGAUCGUUUGUUCGAUAUCGGCCACGGUUUUGUUCAAGCCAUGCCCAUGGUUCUUUGACAAGGACACGGAACCGCUCCAAGUCUUCUGCAUAACCUUUAUCGUGAGCUGGCUAGGUCUUUUCAAGGUUUUGGCGUUCUGCUGGGGCAGAGCGCCAUUGCGGGAAUCCAUGACGGUUGCGCAGAUCGCGGCCUCCCUGGCCCUGCCGCUGUUCCCCAAGCCAGUAACCCGCAAGAAGGCGGCUCCGGAGGGGCGACUGCAGGACUCCGCGGGCUCGGGAGCCGCUCUGGUGGCCACGUGGCUGGGCAAGACAGCCCUUGGGGUCGUCGUGGUCCUGUCGUACAUGGAGUAUCGUGAUGUCGUACCGGCAGUACUAAAACACUACUUACUCGCCUUCACCCUCUACUCCAUGUCGGGUAUCCUCAUGGACGGUCCCGCGGCUCUGGUGGUGGCGCUGCUGGAGCUGCCCGUGCUGCCGACAUUCGACCAGCCCUGGAUGAGCUGGGGGAGCUCCGGAGGUGUCGUCCGCGUGUAUGUGUGGUGUCUGGGGCUGCACCUGGUCUUCUUCGUGAGCGGUGCGGUCCACGAGUACAUGGCCUGGCUCCUGACCGGAUCUAACCGGAUCAGUUGGAAAUGGACUGUGUUUUUCUGGAUCCAGGCUCCGUUGCUGACCUUGGAGUCCUUGGCGGGGCGGGCCAUGAGGCGGGCGGGGCUGCAGCUGCCCAGACCGGUAGCCAUCGUACUGACGCACCUAGUGCUUCAGUCCCUGGCGUACGACCUGUUCUUCGGCUACAUGGAGGAGCAGGGCAUCUCCUUGAAGGUCGUGGGCGCCAUCUCAGACUGCAUAUGGGCUGUGCUACGGCCGCUGCAAGCCGCCUUAAUGACCUGA